CCACCAAUCCACCAUGUAGUGGUAAAAAUAAAAAUAGUAAUGAUUGCUCAAGCAGCCAUCUUUGAGUUAGAAAAAUCUGUCCUUGCAAUGUUCAACUCUGCUGGACUGCUUAACCGACCGAAAGCAGACAGGUGAAACAUUAACUUUUGUUCUGCAGACAAGAUGCUUCUUUAUUAGUGGAAACCGUUAACACUGAAUGUGUGUCUGUGCACGGGCGUGUGUGUGUAUGUGUCCAGAUGUCGCUCUAAUGGAGAAGAGGUGUUUAGUCAUCACACAAGCGACCCAUAAAUCACAACCCGGCUGAUACUGGCCCUGGCUGACCAAUCAGAGAAAGAGCAGUGAAUAGGGAUGCUCUCUACCUUUGAGCACCAUCCAGUUAUCACUAGACACAGAUUUACACAAGAGCAACACUUUUAAAACUAAAAUAUAUAUACUAAGUAUCAACCUUGAGAUUUUUUGGUCUGGCUCAGCAAUAAUGGCCCCACUUUACUCGGAAGUAUUUCUCCAAAGCCUCUGAUGUUGUUAAGGCUUUUCCCCACUGCUAAUAAACCUCAAUUUGAGCACAAGCCCGUCAGUCCAUUGUGGCUUUGGGGCAAUUUUUUGAUGGCGAGGUUCCAGCUGGUCCGGGUCAAAGUGAGCUGGACAGUACUUUUGGCUCUGGCCCACCUCACGUACCUGCUAUUUGGCGCCAUCAUCUUCCAGAUCCUGGAGCGAGAGGCUGAGAGAAACAACCGAAACCACUUCCAACUGGAGAAGCUGAAUUUCUUGGCUAAUUACACUUGUUUGGAUGGACCAGCCUUGGAGAAGUUUGUUCAGGUGAUUUUAGACGCCUGGGAAAGGGGUGUGAAUCCCUCGGGCAACUCCACUAACCCCAGUAAUUGGGAUUUCAGCAGCUCCUUCUUUUUUGCCGGCACUGUGGUCACCACUAUAGGGUAUGGCAACCUCUCUCCCAGCACCGUGUGUGGUCAAGUGUUCUGUGUGUUCUAUGCCUUGUGUGGCAUCCCACUCAACCUGACCUUCCUCAAACAACUGGGCAAGUGUCUCACCCUUCACUUAGGUCGCUUGGAGAAAGGGAUGGUCUCUGUGGUUCCACAUAAGGCUUUGGCGGUCAUCUCCUUCUUCGUCGCGGGUAGCCUGCUGUUUUUGGUCAUCCCUCCUCUUCUCUUCAGUUAUGUAGAAGGUUGGACGUUUGGCGAAGGAUUCUACUUCGCUUUCAUUACGCUCAGCACCAUUGGGUUUGGAGAUUAUGUGGUGGGUACCGACCCAGGCAAGGAUUACAUAUCUCUGUACCGUAGCCUGGCAGGCAUAUGGAUCAUAUUUGCUUUGGCCUGGCUUGCCCUUAUCCUCAGCUUGGGAACCAGGAUAAUGGCGUAUAUAGUUGGCCUGACACAUCCAGGUAUUAAGAAAGAAGAGGAGGAGGAGGAGGAUGUGUCAUCCAAUAAACGGGAGAACACCUCAAAGAUCUGAUACGUGAUGUGAAAUCCAUUCAUUGUAGGUCACUGGCAGCGUAGUGGUACACACAACUGACUACAGCCAGCGUGGGAUUGAUUACCGCUGAUUGACUGUAGGUGUGUUGACGAGCUACCAGUCCAGCAGUACACCACAACAAAUCUUUCACCCUUUUUGUCAUUCAUGUUGUACUUUUGCCUAUAUGAAUUUAUUAUUUUUUGUGUUGUGUUGCUAAGAAAAACACUACAAGUCUACCUCAGUAAGCCAGUAAGCGUCACCAUACUGUAUAAACCAGCGGUCUCCAUUGAGGGUAGUUGGACAGUUGGACACAAGUUUGAAGUUUGUAAUAUAGAUGAUUGUAUAUUUGGUCUGAACAGUCUGGGAAAAUAUAACAAGUGUGAAGAAAACUGGCAUUGCAGGGCUGAUAGAGGCAAACAAAUGUAGGUCAUAAAUUCUAAGCUAUCUGAACAAAAAACAUGGAGGUCUCAGCUUUGUGUUAUAGGUGACGUAUCAAAUUAGUGGACGAUCCAACACCAUAAUACAGUGAAACAUUGGUUAGUGUCAUUCAUUUGCUCCAAAAGACCUGACUCCAAACAAAAUGGACAUUAAUUGAUUCAACAUUUAAGGUUACUUUUACCUUCAACUGUUUCUUGACGUGAUUGUCAACAAAGACACAAUAUGGCAGCGAGAUCAACCACUGCCUCCUUCCUGUUUUUAAAUGAGUUAUUUCUUGAAUUCAGUAGUGUUUUUCUCCACAAUACUAUAAACCCAAAUGGAGCCAAAUAAAGUUCUAGUACCAUAAUUUUGACAAAAUGAGAAACUAUUGAUUGAAGAAAAAACUCAUGGCGAAACAGGAAGAUGGCGUAUGUGGCGUCUCGCUGC